AUGGAGAGAGCCCACAGGGUCGGACCGGAGCGGCUCCGCCCUCUGCGGCGCGCCGUGUGGCCUGGAGAGCUGCCGGGCGCCUUGCGGCUCCCCACCAUCCACUCGCCUGGCGCGCUGGGCAUCGGGAACCUCCGCGAGGCGUUACAGGCGCCGGCGGAGAAGGGGGGCGCCCUGCCCCUGCCCGGCGCCGCGGGCGCGGUGGGCUCGCUGGGGCGGCCAGAGGGCGCCCUGCCCCUGCCCGGCGCCGCGGGCGCGGUGGGCUCGCUGGGGCGGCCGAAGGCCGUGGCGCAGGCGGCCUCGCCCGAGGGCGCCCUGCCCCUGCCCGGCGCCGCGGGCGCGGUGGGCUCGCUGGGGCGGCCUGAGGCCGUGGCCCAGGGCGGCUUCGCCCGAGGAUCGAGCGGGGCGAUGCACGAGCAGGGCGCCCUGCCCCUGCCCGGCGCCGCGGGCGCGGUGGGCUCGCUGGGGCGGCCGAAGGCCUUGGCUCAGGCGGCCUCGCCCGAGGAUCGAGGUGUCUGGUCGCCUGUGUGGCCCUUCCUGGGGGCCCUCGAGGGCGCCCUGCCCCUGCCCGGCGCCGCGGGCGCGGUGGGCUCGCUGGGGCGGCCUGAGGCCGUGGCCCAGGCGACCUCGCCCGAGGGCGCCCUGCCCCUGCCCGGCGCCGCGGGCGCGGUGGGCUCGCUGGGGCGGCCUGAGGCCGUGGCCCAGGCGGCCUCGCCCGAGGGCGCCCUGCCCCUGCCCGGCGCCGCGGGCGCGGUGGGCUCGCUGGGGCGGCCUGAGGCCGUGGCCCAGGCGGCCUCGCCCGAGGGCGCCCUGCCCCUGCCCGGCGCCGCGGGCGCGGUGGGCUCGCUGGGGCGGCCUGAGGCCGUGGCCCAGGGCGCCCUGCCCGUGCCUGGCUCCGCGGACGCGGAUGGCGCGCUGGGGUGGCUGGAUGCCCUGGACCAGGCCGGCCCCGACGCCCCCGUGUGGCACGAGACCGUGGCCGAAGUCUUGCCGAUGCGGCCCCGGCCCAACCGCCCCAAGAGGGACAGGGCGAAGUUCACCAGCUGCCCGACGUCGGCCGAGGCCAGCCGCAAGAUCCCCCGGCUCGUGCUCAACUACCUGAGGCUGAAAGGGAACAUGGCCGCGAUGCUGCGCGAGAGCGGAAACCUGGAGGAGGCAGAGCGCUUCUACAGGGAGCUGAAG